AUGAACAGAUCAUUGAGUGAAGUUGACCCACAGAUCGUCCAGAUCAUGCUUCAAGAUCUGGACCGGCUGCAAAAUUGUUUGACACUGAUCCCUUCAGAAAAUUAUGUAAGUCGAGCGGUUAUGCAGAUGCAGGCGAGUGUCCUGACCAGUAAAUACGCCGAAGGGACGCCCGGUGCCCGUUACUACAACGGCUGUGCAGCCGCAGAUGGUGUGGAAAGCCUCGCGAUUGAGCGUGCGAAGCAGCUUUUCGGUGUUGAUCAUGUCAACGUCCAACCGCACGCUGGAAACUUAGCCAAUAUGGCAGCGUACCAAGCACUGCUUGAGCGGGGCGAUACAAUUCUGUCGAUGAGGCUGGAUCACGGCGGUCAUCUGAGUCAUGGGCUUCCCCAGAAUUUCUCAGGCCAAUAUUAUAAUAUAGUAUCCUACGGUGUUGACCCGGAGACGGAACAGAUCGAUAUCAAUAUGAUAGCCGAACUUGCGAAAGCGCAUCAACCCAAGCUAAUUAUUGUGGGCGGUAGUGCUUAUCCACGCUGGUUCGAUUUUGCUCAGUGGCGCGAAGUUGCCGAUUCCGUCGGGGCGUAUCUGAUGGCGGACAUCGCCCAUACUGCGGGUCUCAUUGCCGCAGAUGUACAUCCGGAUCCAGUGCCUUAUUGUGACGUGAUUACUACGACAACCCACAAGACCUUGCGGGGCCCGCGUGGCGCAAUUGUGAUGUGUCGGGAUGAAUUGGCGGAAGCGGUUGAUCGCGCGGUAUUUCCGGGGAUACAAGGCGGUCCCUUUAUGCACACAAUCGCGGCGAAAGCGGUUGCCUUCAAAGAAGCGAUGGAACCUGCCUUCAAAACGUAUCAGAGCCAAGUUGUGAAGAAUGCCAAAGCACUCGCGGAAGCACUCAUAGGCAACGGAUUUCGCUUGGUAAGCGGCGGCACGGACAACCACCUCAUGCUAAUUGAUUUAACUGCAACAUACAAGCAGUUGAGUGGACGACAAGCCGCAGAUCACCUUGAAAACGCGGGAAUCAUUGUCAACAAAAAUACCAUUCCGUCGGAUAAACGAUCUGCGACCACAACGAGUGGUAUCCGCCUUGGAACACCGAUGAUAACAGGGCGCGGCAUGAAAGAGGGAGAGAUGCAGCUGAUCGCGGAUUUGAUAACGGAAACCCUUGAGGGGCGCAGAAGUGCAGGAACUAAGCGGGGUGUGAGGGAGAAAGUUAGCGAUCUUUGUGGACAAUUUCCAAUCUACGAAGAUCUGAAUCUAUGGACAUGA